AAACCAGGUCCUGGCUCCAGGUCCUGGCUCUCAGUCCUUGCUGAAACCUGCAGGACCAGGAGGGAACUUAAUCUGAGAGUCCAGACAGAUCUCCAAGCAGGCUUCGCCUCUCUCCCAUCCAAGAUUACUGCUCCAGGCUCCUGUGGACACUGAGGCAGCCAUGAACAGAAUCUUUCCUCAGCCAAGGACCUCAGAUGGAAACCCAGCAGGGGAAAGCAAGACCUUUGAAAGUGAAGAAGACUGCUGCAGCCCCUUCUCCUGCUGCACUCGCCGAGGUUUCUGGAUCUCUGCCUGGACCUUGCUCCUCCUUGGAUUGCUGACUCUCAUCCUCUGGCUGGUCAGCAGCUUCGGGCUCCCGCCGCCAUCUCCAAUGACCAGGGCCUGUGCAACUGCGUCCAACCAGACAGGCUUCCUGUGUGAUGACCGGGAGACUUGCAUUCCUGCCAGCCUCUUGUGUGACCGCGUCCGUUCCUGCGCACACGGAGAGGACGAAGAAGAAGCCUUGUGUGGCAACAUCCCCCACAGCCUCCCCAGUUUCUUGGUGUUCCACUGCAGCAACCCCACGUCCUGGUUGUUUGAGGAUCAGAAAUGUGAUGGCUUCAAUGACUGUGGAGACUGCUCUGAUGAAGGCACCUUGGCCCGAUGCCCGCCCUGUGGGCCUCAGUGGUGGAGCUGCCCCUCCACCUUGUACCAAUACUGUGGCUGUGUCCCCCGGCACCUCUGCCGGGACCGCGUGCAGCACUGCUCCGACUGGUCAGAUGAGUACAUCUGCCCCAGGCCCUGAGGAUGCCCCGCCUGCCCCCACUGUCACUGCCGGCUCCCCCCCAUCUUGCGGCCUCCCUGUCUGCAGGUAACAGAAGGCAGGAGCAAGACCCCCCCCCCCAUCCCAGAGCCCGAGCUGGCUCCCCCCAGUGCCUGCAGCUUCAUCGAUGCUGCCAUUACAUCAUCUGCAUCUUGAGGGCUUAUGCCCAGGGAAGUGGAAAAAGACACCUGAGUCACAAGGCUUGGGUUCGAAUCCUACUUCUUCUCCUUACUGUGUGACAUUAGGUAAGUCACCAGGCAAGCCCUCAGAGCCUCAGCUGCUCAGCUGGACUGAUCGGCCUCUUCCAGCCCAAAUCUGUGGUGCUAAGAGUUUCUGCCAAGCCACUAACAGAAGAAAGGCUGCCUGGGGUCGCAGACUGGAGUCUUCAUUUUCCAGAUACAAAACCUGAUAAUGAAGGAUCUGUUACUGCCUUGGAAAUGUAGAGAGCCAUGGAGGUAGGGUGCAUGUGGGCUGGACUGCUCUGAGGAUCCAUUAGCAUCAUGGAGGUCAGUGGACUUCAUCUACUGAAAGGUUCUUCCUGUGGCCCAUCUCCUCCAGGAAGGCCUCCAGCCCUCAGUCCACCAAGGUUUGCUGGGUGACCUUGGCUGAGUCCCCGAUUCCCUCUCUGGGCCUCAGUUUCAUCAUCUGUAAAAUCACAAGGUUGGCCUGGGUGAGCUUGAAGGUUCCUUCCAGUUCUCAUUUCUGUGGGCACCUGUCCAGAAGACCAUUAAUACAGGAGCUGCCGUCCUCCCCCUGGACCUCAGGAAGCUCUUGGUGAGGACGUCCCAAGGCCAUCUCCUUGGUGCAUUCAUCAGUCACUGCCCUGCCAGCUGUAGCCGGGAUACGACCGCACGGGGGGCACAGAGCCCCCUUGUUACCUUGGUGUUUACGGAGCAGGGAAGAUGGGGCAGCCCGUCACACCGUGUGUCAGCAGUCAGCUCCAGGAGAUGCCUGGCUCCUGAGGGAUGGACGACUCCUUUCUCCUCCCCCUCCUCCUCCCCCUCCUCUUCCUCCUCCUCCUUCUCCUCCUCCUCCUUCCCUCCACUCAUUCAACACCCACAGAGGGAUUACGCGCAGGAGGACAAAUGGGGCCCCCGGGACGCUGGAUGCCCGCUGUCAAUAUUUACCACCUCCUCGCUGGGCCAGGCCCCGGGUCCAAGAUCAGGACGUUAAACACACACGCUCUUUGCUAUUCAGACAGGAGGCAGCAGAUUAAAGGGACUUAAAGUAGG